AUGACGGAUUUUACUGAACGCGUCUACCCACUCGUUCCUAUUGUCCACCUGCCAACAUUCCAUGCCGAUCUUGCAGCAAACCGAGACGUAAAUGACCUCGACUUCUUGUGCCUCAUCAUAGCACUAUCGGCCUUGACCGUCGGACUCCUACCUUCUAGGUUCGACGCUUAUCAUGCCCUUGCAAGUCGCUUCGGAACUCGCACCGCAAUGAUCAACUAUUGCUCUCAAAUGUGUCUUCGCCUUCGGCCAGCAGACUACUGGGAUCACCUUAGCCAUCGUAAAUGGGCCGUAGCGUUUGCGCUGUCCAUGGGCGUCUUUCAAACGGGUCAGACGAACCAGAGUCGGAUGUUCGAGGCCGAGUCGAUGCAGAUAGCCCGGCUCCUGGAACUUCAUCGCACCUCGGAGUACGAGGACCUCAAUGCUGUAGAGACCCAGCUACGGAAGAAAGCUUUUUGGCUUCAACUAUACACAUUUGCACAUUCCAAAAUCCAGCCUGGACGGCGCAACCACGUCACCUACCUAGAUAAUUACAUGCUACGAGAGGUCGAUUUUGAUGCUUUGGAGCCUCUCAACCUCCUCGACGAACAUAUCUUGGAGACAGGAGCUGCAGGCUGUUCACCAGCUGUCCUACCUGCUAGGCUGCACAGUAAUGCGGAAGACGAGUCAUUCAACACUACUAGUGCCUUUAUCAUCACCUCUCGCGUCUUUCUAAAAGGCAUGAGAGAGUCCAUGUUUAACGAUGGCUGUGACUGUGGCUUUGGAAGAACACCAGAAGAACGUCUCUCGCGACUACGAGACUUACUUGAUGAGCUACGAUAUCUCCUCGACGGUCUUCCUCCACAUUUACGCCAAUGGGGGCCUGGGGAUAGUUACCACUCAUCCGACAAGCCAUUCUACAACAGUGUCAAUGACGGUACCAUUGAUCAGGAGCCUUUUGGAGAGGUGCACCUUGUGCAUGCUCAGAAUGAAGUUACGCGGGUAAACUUGCACGUUACUCACCUAUGGCUCCAAAACUUUCUACUCGACAGAAUGGACGGCGUGAUUCAAGAGAUGGAUGGUUCUCGCUUACAAGCUUCGACAGCCAUGUCUCAUCUUAAACUAAACUGGAGGGAACGCGAAGACAUCUGCCGCCAGCUACUUCACAUUCUUCACAGCAUUCCACAUCCUUAUCUUGAGCCGAAUGGCCUAUUCUUAAUAUACAAAGUCCGUGACGUUGCCAGCUCGCUUCUAAGCUGUCCCUUGGCCAUGGACGAGCACGUAUCGCGCCGGGCUUCUGAAUACGUCCAGGAGUUCACCAAGGUCUUGUCUUACCUUGAUAGGAGCGAGAUCGUUAAUACGGAUGGUUUGAAGAGUUGGAUAGACGAGGGGAGGGGAGGCAAUAAGGAUGUUUAG